UAAUCAACAAUAGUCGAUUAAAUGCUUUACUGCAAAAUAUCACGUAAUUGCACCAACCUCUCAAGCACAGUUCGUUGUUAGACCUUGGAUAAUAUUUUGGGGGUAAAGCCUGGGAUAAUUGGUUAUUACUAUAUGUAUUGCAUAUUAUGUUUCAACAAACCAUUUUGAAAAAACCACAAUAAACAAGGUGAUAUUGUUGCCACACUUUAGAUUAAUACUGUUUACAUGUUUAUAUAUUAUUUUAUUUUGAAUUUCAAAUUUUUGCAGGUCAUAAAUAUUUGAAUUGUCUUAAAACAGAAUUUAACCAUGCCUCCUGCAGUAGAAGUUAGGCAAAGGCCAAUGAUAGGUGCUAUGUUUAAAGGUCCUGGACCUUGCUAUGGCCUGCCCACCACUGUUGGAUAUGUUGGACAUGAUAAGACACGGAAAAAAGCUCCAGGAUAUUCAUUUGGGUUAAAAACUGAAGAUAAAGGAAGUAAUAAAGCAGGUCCUGGCCCAGCUGCUUACAAGGUAUUGGAGAGAUCUACGAGAUUUGGUGCAGAUGGUACUCCAAAAUAUACACUUCACUUUCGACCAAAAGAUCCAACCAUAUUUCGUACACCAGGUCCAGAUGCAUAUCGCACUGAAGCUGUGAAAAUAUUCAAGCAGCCUUCACCUCCUUCCUACUCUUUUGGGUCGAGGACGAGAUAUCAUCGUAAAGGUAGUGCACCAGCGCCUAAUGCAUACACGCUACCAAAUAUGAUUGGGAUGAGAAUUCCAUCAAAGUCAGCUCCUCCUGCUUUUUCGAUGGCAGGUAGACCACGUGUUGGUGGGUUCAGUGAGGACCUUCAAAAGACUCCAGGUCCUGGUGCUUACAGAGAUGGUGAUUUAAAUAACUGGAAAAAAAGAUCGCCAGUAUUUUCGUUUGGUGGACGAAACAUGAUGCCUGGUGAUACAACACAAAAGCCAGGUCCAGGAGCAUAUAGCCCUGAAAAGGUAUAUAUAACACGACGGAUUGCGCCGAAAUUUUCUUUUGGAAUUCGACAUUCUGAAUAUAUAGCUCCGCUAAUUGAAGAUGUCCAUUAAAUCGUAGACAAUAAUGGGUGCGAGAUGUUGUAUGGAUGCUAGUGUAACAUUUUGAUUUAGGUAAAUACUUAAAAAUAUGUUUCGGUUAUACUUUUAUUGUUUUCUUUUUACAUCAGUUGAUAUUUGCAUAUUUUUCGAAUAUUUACGAUUGAGUGCAAGUUUCAACAGAACUACAAGGUGAACGUAUACUUGCUUGCUUUUAUAACUGUUUCUUCUAUUGUAAUUAUUUUUGUCUGUGAGAGACGGAAUAAUCCAUGAAGUAUAUACGCAUAGAAAAAGAGACGGGGUGGACCAGAUAGACCCGCACUCUUUCUUAGAUCUUUUAAAGCUUUGGUAUCUUGUACAUAUAUCAAGCAGUUUCAAUUUGUGAGUAAGUACUUCAUGGAUGACUGCAUAAAUCGUGAUUUUGUAGGGUUUUUUAUUUUUGGAACAUAUAUUUUUGUAAAUUGAUUGUAUUUUUUGGUAUGAUUUUUGGAGUAUUUUGAUUAACGAGAUUGAUUUUAACAGUCAAGCUGUUGUAGCUAUCAAAUGUUAUCACUUUUUAUAUGUACGUAGUUAAUUCGUGAUAAAAUAUUUUGCGGUUA